UACAAUAUUGUUGCGUAUUUUUCGUAAGAAUUGUAUUUGAACGAAUUAAAUUAUAAUUAUUAGAAUAAUGUGAUAAUUAAGACGUAAAAAAUCACCCAAAAACCAAAACUAUUAAACUCAAAUGCCAUCAGCAUCAAUCAAGUGCGAAAUAUGAAGCUAAGUGUUAGUGCAUACCGUGCGCAUGCGUCUGCCCAUAAGAAGAUCCUGACGUCAUCCUACCAGCAACACUAUGGGAGCACCGCCGCGCCACCUGUGUGCAACCCUUUGCAGACACCUUUUACUCCGCAGGCUGAAGAGGGUACUAGCAGAACAUCAGAGGGAGAGGACAAUGACGUGAGUGAAGUGAAUGUCGAUUCCUCCCGAGGAGUGUCUGUUGCGACGUCCCGGGAAGAGGAUGACGACUCCAGUAUUAAUGCCAGCAACGCUAGCAAGAGUCCAGGACAGAGGCGACCGAUCAUUGCAUCGAGCUCGUCCGCUCGGAGGUCCGAAGGGGACUCCGAGAGGGCCAGGUCUGACUCAGACUCACGCGGCCAUAAAUGGAGACACGUGCAAGCUGUCAUGGCAUACUACCAGGCACUCAGGAAAAUAAAGAGAACAAAGUCCAAUCAAAGAUGGAUGAAAUUACGAACUACGGUACAACUCAGUUCAGCGAUCCAAAAGAAGCCGACCCUAAAGAGAGAAGAUUCAUUUCUGAAGCGGUUUUCGACGCGUCAGAUACCGGAAACACAAGAAACAGUGGAAGACACUGGAUCUGAGGGGGCGACCGGAGAGCACAGAUCUACCACGCGACAGAGGCGGAGGAAAGUGCGUGCGCCUAGAACUGUCGUUAACCCAGAUGAGAAUUUUUACUUCUACUGGCUCUGGCUCAUUACACUCUGUGUGCUCUAUAAUUUAUGGACUCUUAUAGUGCGCCAGAGUUUUCCUGAGCUUCAGAUGAUGUGUCAUUACUUCUGGUUAACCUGUGACGGUAUCGGUGACCUGGUGUUCGCGUUGGACCUGGUGGUGCAGCUUCGCACUGGGUAUUUGGAGCAAGGGCUUAUGGUGUACGACUCAAAGAAGCUAGCUAAGCACUACCUGACAUCGCGACCGUUCCUUCUUGACCUGGCCGCGCUGACGCCCUUGGAUCUGCUGCAACUGCACAUCGGCAUUAACCCCAUCAUACGAUUUCCUAGGUUUCUCAAGGUGUACCGAGCUGUAAGCUGCUACUACAUAGUUGAGUCACGGACAGUAUACCCCAACUUCUGGCGCGUCAUUAACCUCAUCCACAUCCUGCUCAUCCUGGCACACUGGUUUGGUUGCUUCUACUUCCUGCUCUCCGAGGCUGAAGGCUUUCAGGGCGACUGGGCGUACCCCCACCGACCAGGUGACUAUGCAACUCUUACCCGGAAGUACCUGGGCUCUCUCUACUGGUCCACACUCACCCUUACAACUAUCGGAGACUUGCCCACACCCGAAACUAAUGCUGAGUAUGUGUUUACAAUAGUGAGCUACUUGAUUGGUGUAUUUAUAUUUGCGACCAUAGUGGGCCAAGUUGGCAAUGUCAUUACAAACAGAAAUGCGAACAGGCUCGAGUUUGAGAGGCUUCUCGAUGGAGCCAAGACAUACAUGAGACAUCACAAGGUUCCGGGUGGCAUGAAGCGUCGUGUGCUCCGUUGGUAUGAUUACUCGUGGUCCAGGGGUCGCAUCCAGGGUGGAGGUGACAUCAACACAGCUUUAGGUCUACUUCCCGAUAAGCUAAAGACAGAGCUCGCACUUCACGUCAAUCUUAGCGUGCUGAAAAAGGUAACAAUAUUUCAAGAGUGCCAGCCGGAGUUUCUUCAUGAUUUGGUGUUAAAAAUGAAAGCUUAUAUUUUCACACCCGGAGACUCUAUUUGUAGAAAAGGUGAAGUAGCACGGGAGAUGUUUAUCAUAGCUGAUGGAAUCCUAGAAGUGAUUUCAGAAACAGGCCACGUCCUUACCACCAUGAAGGCCGGAGAUUUCUUUGGGGAAAUCGGUAUUCUAAAUCUCGACGGUUUAAAUAAGCGUACCGCAGACGUACGGUCUGUGGGUUACUCUGAGUUGUUUUCCUUGUCUCGCGAAGAUGUCCUUGCAGCCAUGAAAGACUAUCCAGAGGCGCAGGAUAUUUUGCAGACACUCGGCCGAAAGAGACUUCAGGAGGCCAAGAGCAUGUCGCGGCACAAGCCCAAAAACGAAGUUAGUCCCGACAAGACGGGAGGCGACGAUAGCACUUCAAAGCGAAUCGUCCAUAAGCUGCGCACUGAUGUCAAGGGUAUCCGCAAUGCAAUCCGCAGCCGAUCGCGCGGUGGAAGGCGAUCGGGCGAAACCUUGGAGAUGCGAGCCAUGUCCGACCCCAAAGUACUACGCCGCAUGCCUCGCGUGCACAGCGAUGACUCACAGCACCAAGAGGAUCAGGCUGGUGAUUUUGCGCAUAAAGAGAGUGAAAAAACAGUAUCUCCUCUCGGAGCGGGUUUGCCUCUGCUUUCACGAUUAAAACUCCUUAAGGAAAAACAGGAUCGAGAGGAGAAAGUGGCAAAGCAGUGGCAUCUAUCAUCAUCGGUAGUGUCGCCACCGCCACCGCAACCGAAUCCCUCCACUAGUUCCGCCCCGGAUACGGAAAAGGAAGUUAUCGGAGCUGGCCUUCCUCUUAUACAAAGAUUACUUCUUCUAAAAGCUAAAGAAGAAAGAGAAAAAAAUCAACUUACACCUACGUUAAGUAACCAGCCCUCAAGUUCUGACACCAUCAGCCCCAAUUCUCUGAAGAGCCCCUUAAGUCCAACAAUCAAAACCUUAAGCCCGUUUCGAAAAGACUCAGAAUCAAGCUCACCUGGCAAAUUUUCAAAUUCAAGGAAAAAUUCUUCGGGGUCCAGUGACGGAGCUUCCAAACCAAAAGUCAGUUUUAGAAAUAAAAUACUGCAAGUGCAGAGCGACGGCACUGCUGUAUGUCAACCGCUUAAUAAAGAAAUUACCGAAAAACCGGCUGCAGUCGUUGAACCUACUCCUAAAACAGAAAGUAGUUUAAUAUCAAUUCCACAUUCAGUAGUCAGUAAAAUAAAAUCACCAGCUAAAGUAGUCGGUUCGACAUUCCGAGAUAAGUUAAGAUUAUUGCAAAAUGGAUCAAAUAAAGACAUCGAUAGAAAUAAAUUGCCCUUACCUGAUAAAAGUUCAGUUGAAGGUACUCAAGUUCAAAAAAAGGAUAGCCAAGAGGAAAGUAAAACUAAGAAACCUUGGAGUAAAUUAAAGAAAGCUGCAAUAUUAGGCGAAACUAAAAGUUAUAGUAAGAGUAGUAUAGACAAAAUUAAUGGUGAGACACCUAAACAAUGUGCCAAUGAGAGGAAAAUUGAAAGUGUAAAUUUGAGUAGUCAUACGCCUGUAAUUAACACGGCAGAGCUUGUCAAAAUAGACAAUAACAAUGUAGAAGUUAAUAGAGACUGCAUUAAUAGUGAUAAGCCUAAAUUAUGCGUUACAAGCUCUGAAACCGAUGAAGAAAAAUCUUUAGAUUUGUUAACUUCUUCCCCAAAUAAGACGGAGAUAAAAGUCCACGAAGUAAAAAAAGUCAUUACUAUAGAAACAAUGUUGUUGCCUAAAGUAAAAAAAUACAAAUCAAUAGACGAUCUGUCCCCGGAGUAUGGAGGACUCCCUUUUGUAAAAAAAUUAAAAAUAUUGAACGAAAGGCAAAAAUUAGCUGAGUUAGAAAAAGUAGUAAAAAUAAGAAGUUCUAGUUUAGAUUGUGCAAGCUCUUCGGAAGACUUGCUUUCCGAUACCCUUACUCGUAGUAAUUCAGAAGGAAGCACAAUGGACAAAAGAAAAUACAAACGAAAAUCUUCUGAAUCUAUAGGAAGCCAUGAGUCCAAUGAGACAUUAGAGAGACGAACGUUAAAGUCUAUUUUGAAAAAGUUGUCAGAAGACGUAACACCUGCAGAGAGACCACAAAGAGGCAAAGAAUUACGAAAAUUAAUUCGGGCCCCAACGUUGGAAGGUUAUGCUGCAAGGCAUUCAAAAUUUGCCAAAAGCGUUACUUUUCAUCGUCAUACGCUGCCUUCUCCACCGGGAAGUGCCUUGUCUGAUAUAGUAGACGAUGUGUUCGAAUUGCCAGAACCAAAGAAAGAGCCACCAAUACAGACAGAAUCUGAUCUGAAUCUGACUCCAUUUUCGCAAAAUCAAAUUGUUAAAUCAAGUCCUGAUGUAAUUAUACCGCGGGAAGAUUACAACAUAAAUAUAAAAUCUGAGUAUGAAUUACAGCAAAAUUUAGAUUUUCCGUCGCUCCGGCCCGAAGAUAUAAAACUGCCUUCUGAAAAACCGAAAAUCACAUUAAUAUCAGCAGUUGCUAACCAAAGGAAACUUCUACGAGCAUCUUUAGAAGAACAAGAAUACUUUGGAGAAGUAUUGUUGGGCAUCAAACAAGUUAUUGAUGGGCAUUUAUACGAAGUGCAAGGAAAAUUUCAAGAAAGAUUCGCUAGUUUAGAAAGUGAAGUAAGAAAACGAGACGAAAUAAUAUGUCAGCUACAGAAUAGAAUUCAGGAAUUAGAGAGACUCGGUUCAUCAGCCCCAUUGUCUCUGAAAACCAGUAAUGAGCCCGUGCUUGAAGAAAAUGGAAACAUACCCAAUCUCAAUAAUGAUAGCUCAGCUAGUGAGGGGUCAGAAGUUAAUGAAGGUUUUAUGAGAGGAGACUCUCUUGAUACAGUAUUUGCAACAUCUCCGGGUGAUGAUGAUAAGAUCAAACCGCCUCUCAAAUCAGCUCAGUCAUCCAGUAAACACGUAUCAAAUGACGAUUUAACUGAAGAAAAGUUAGCAGAACUAACUGGAGGGAUAGAACUUUCCAAAUUAACGUAUUCAGAAUUACAAAGUUUAGCUGAAUCUAUAUCAAGUAGAACUACUAAAACCUGUUCCAAGAAAGAGACGUGGAGCGUCAGCAAGUCAAAAAGGCUGGACUUAAAUCUCGAUGGGAAAGCCGGGACUUAUUCAAGGAAACGCGCAGCCAAAGUAAAACAAAUAAAAUCGUGGGAUCAAGAUCAGAGUGAUCAGGAAACGGUAGAAAUGCAGGAUUUGACAAGAUCAAUAUCACCACAAAUAACAUCAGAAAAUCGAUCGUUAUUAAGUCCCGAGCAGUCGAGCCUGAGGUCCAGCAGACGAGGAAUGCCAUUCCACUUUUUCGGCUCACAUCUGGAUAACACUAAGUCUAAAAUCAAGAAAACUCUUUCUGUAGACACUGGCAUGCAUCAUACUGGAAGAAAAAAAAAACAAAGUCGGGACGAACGCAAAUUUAGCCUAGGAUCAUUUUUUGGGUCACGUGGGGGGAGCGGGUCACAACAAGAGAAAUCUCACUGCAACGAUGUAGUGCUGGAUAUCGGCAGCGAUGCCAGUUGGAGCAACACGACAUCGACAUCGUCCAGCGAUUCAGAGUCCAUUCCUCAUACCCCAGUAUUUGAGGAGUUCGUAGACAGCAAGCGACUUUGUCAAAGAUCGGGACAUGGAAAUAGUUCUACUGUUAGAGGUUUCUCUGGAAGUGGAGGAGAUUGGGAGUUAAUGAUGCUGGCCGAUGAGUUGGAGAGGCGGGAAAGGCGCGACGAUGGUCGAGCCCUACUGCCCCCCUAUCCAUCUGCUCUUCGGGACCUUGAGGAGGAGUCUGACAGUCCUCAACGCGAGGACAGCGCGGACGACGUGUCCAACCUAGAGGAGUCGUCCUCGAGUACGCAACUACUAUCGCAGUCCCUCAGUGACCACCUGGAAACUUCCUUCACUGAACACAGAAGAAUCCCGCACCGCCUCGGCUCGUUAGGAGACCAGCCGAGGACGGAGGUUUCCCGGAUGAUGGUGCGAGCAUCGAGCCUAGACCCAGCCCCUCGCACCGCACCUCCUCCCCGCCGCGCCACCUCGCUUCGUAGCUGCAGUGACACUCAUCGCAAACGGCUAUGAUCCGCGACCGUACUUUUACCCCUUUCACAUACACUGCUUACGUGAUACACGCAUUACUGACGUUUAAUCAUGUUGUACGAGUAUUUCAUACUGUAUGUUUUUAUUUAAACCAAAAAAUAUAAAAAAUAUAUCGUAAGUUCUAGUCUUAUAUAAAUUGCCUUUUAAGCAAUUUAAUAUGUAGUAUAAAUGUGACAGAAUACUGAGAAAUAUUUCAUAUUUAACUUUGAUCUUUUGAUUAUUAUUUCAAUUAUAAAAUCCAAUACGCCAAAUUAUUAACAUAAAAAUAAAUAUAUGUAUGCAUUUAAGGAACAUAGUAACGGACGAGAGAAAGUUAGCUAACCCAACCAUAAUUAUUUUCUACUUAAUCAGAUAACAAAGUAAACUUUUAGAAAACGUUAAAUAUAAAAGUUUGAAGUAGUAAAAACAAUUAAAUAUAAUUUUAAAACAAAGGUGUUGAACGAACUUUUAUAAGAACAUUUUCUGUGUACCUCGGUAGAUCAUUUUGACGUACUUAUUACAAGCUCAAAUGUGGGCCUUGUGCACGUCAGUCCAAUACAGAACGUCCCAAACAAUACAACCAUUUUUACCAAAUUAAAUACCAUUAAAGUUGUUGCAAAAUGCUUUAGUUUCAACUUAAUCUUAAUUAUGUUUUACUAGAAUUGCAAAAUAUGUAGCACAAAGGGUAAAUAGUAAAACAAAAACUUUAAGAGAUUUAAAAAAUAUAUUAUAAAAAUUGUUAUUGUACAUAAUAAUAUUAGAAUUUUAAUAGCAGGAUUUGUAUUAAAUAAAUGUUUAAAGUUCAAGCACAAGUGUUACUUUUAUAUAAUAAAUAUUUAAAAAUAGCUAUGUGUCAACUGUCUGAUAUUGAUGUGAGUUAGUAAAACUAAAAUGAGUUUUCGUUUGAAUCGAUAUUUCCCCAAAAUCGAACAUAUAUAUGCAUAUAAUCGUUAUAUACGCAUUUGUUAUAUUGUCAAUGAUCAGAGGUUUCAUAGAUAUUUUAUUUAUUAUCAAGACAAUUCGUUAUAGAUAACUAUAGACUCAUUAAUAUAAAAUUAUGUGCCAAUAAUUGUAGUAAGUAGAUUCGUAAAACAUUUAAUUAAGGAUGUAAAUUGUGAAUAAAUAGUAAAUAGGUACACUACAUAACCCAUUUUGUAAGACCGAUCAGUAACAUAAUGUAUUCCUAUUUAUGUACACCACACAUUAAUAUGUAUAAUAAUUAAAACGUAAAUAGUUUAAUCAAUAUUAGGUAUAAAUUAUGAUUUUCUUUUUAGUGUGUACUCAUAUCACAAAUGACAGUACUAAUUCAAUAUUUUUUACUUUACUUAACUCCUUUUUUGAUCACCAUUUAGUUAUUAUAUUUCCAAACUGUAAUAUUUUG